AUGACAGAAGUUCAAAAGUUUAACUACUUAAAGUCUUUAGUAGCAGAGGAGGCAUCGAACACCAUUUCAGGAUUUGCACUCACACAUGCAAACUACAACAGAGCGAUUGAGCUUCUACAUGAGAGGUUUGGACAAAAACAUAAGAUAACUCAGUCCUACAUGCAAGCGCUCUUAGACCUACCCCCUCCCAAAAAUAAUCUCACAAGCCUGCGUCAUUUUUAUGACCAAGUGGAGACAUACGUCAGAGGUUUAGAAUCCUACGGACAAGCUCAAGAUACUUACGGUUCUCUUCUAGUACAUGUGAUUCUGAACAAAUUACCUACUGAAAUACGCAAGAAUUUGGCACGUGAACAUGGCUCUACUGAUUGGUUACUAAGGGAUUUGAGAAACAGUCUUUACAGGAAACUUUACAUAUUAGAAGCUGGAGCAGGUAUUGAUGCAACAGAACCAAGCGCAACAGCAACCUUUUAUACCCAUUCAAAGUCCAGUCAUAAGCAACUUCAACGCAACUUCAGUCCGAGGAAACCUCAUGUAUGCUGUGCAUUUUGUAAGGAGACACAUCGUUCGAAUGAUUGUACAAAAUACAAAAACUGCGCUGACCGCAUGAGAAUUGUCAAACAAGACAAGUUAUGCUUUAACUGUUUGGGCCGACAUCGUGUUACAGACUGUCAAUCCAGAUCCAAUUGCAAAAUCUGUAAAAAACGUCAUCACACAAGUUUGUGUUCAAAUCGCGAGGUAGUCAAAAGCAUCAAGGAGAGUACCCCUUCACUUCAAGCAAAAGAUACAGAAAGAGCAGAAACAUCAGUGAUGCAUUCAUCUUCACAUAGAGAUCAACCAAACGUUUUGUUACAAACUGCAGUUGCACCUGUCACAUUUGGAAAACUGACAACUGAUGCUAAUAUUCUGUUUGAUGAAGGAGCUCAAAGAUCAUUUAUCUCUAGGAGUUUGGCUGACAAGAUAGAAUUAACACCAACAGGAUAUGAGAAUAUCAACAUUCUUGGAUUUGGAGAAUCAGGAAAAGAGAAAGGAGUUCAAAAGUUACAGACAGCUGUAGUCAAGGUCCAAGCUAUAGAGAGAGAAGAUAUACCUGUCAAAGUCUUAGUGGUCCCAGAGAUAGCAGCUCCAAUUAAAACGCAUGUAGAAAAUGCAGCAAAAUUAUCACAUUUGAGGAAUUUGAGAUUGGCACAUCCUGUUGCACAAGAGGAGGCAUUCCAAAUUGAAUUACUUAUUGGAGCAGAUCAGGCACCAGUGAAAUCCACACCAGUUACAGUAAAUGGAGGUUCUUCUCUCAAUCUGUCUUUAGGUAACGGUGGUGCUUCUGGAAUGGGAUAA